AUCAGUGGCGCCAGGGGUCCUGACGGCCCCUCUAGAAUUGGCAAUGCUAACUUCAAGUUGUUUUAAACACAAUUAACAAGUAUAUUGUGUUUUAAAUGUCAUUAUUGUCGUUAUUGUCAUUAAUGUAAUUACUGAAAAUGUCAGAUACCAAAGAAUUUUUCCUUUCUGUCACACAACGUAUUUUUAGUAAUUGGACUGCAUUGAGAAUGGCAGUGGAACAUGGAAUGGGAUCAAAGGAAAGAGCAGUAGAUUUCUGUCCUUAUAUGACAGAGGUUAUGUACAUGAAUGAGAAUCUAAGUAGCACUGAAGUUGCUACCGAAUUAGAGGAUUAUAUGGAAGAAUAUUUUAGUACAGAGCUUCAAGAUGACAGUGCAAUACAAAUUGCAGAAGAGUUAUUAAGAUUCCAUCGCUAUUGUAUUGAAAAUAAUGAAAACGUGGCAACGAUAGAGUUUGGUAAACUACCACCAUUGCAGUCAUGGCUUGUCACAAAUGAACCUGUGAAAAAGAUUCAUAGUUCCUAUAUUAUGGAAAAUGAUAGUUCUGAGAGUGAAACAGAAGCUUCUGGGGAUGUGAAGGUUGAAGAUGAAUGGGUAGAAGUAAGAACUAGGAGAAAAAGAUAACUGAGGCAGAAUGUUUAAAAUGAUAUUCUUUUAUUUUACUUUUUUUUUUUA